AUGGAGAUCAUGAUGCCUGGUACUAGCAGUCUGAGCGUGUCGCACGAUCAGACCGGGAGCCCCUUCUCCGUCAUUGAAUCGGACCCAGGUGUCUUCACGUCACUCAUCCGGAAACUUGGAGUGCAAGGCUUGGAAGUCAUCGAGAUUUAUGGCAUCGAACCUUGGGAUACGGACCAUCUAGAACCCAAUGGACUCAUCUUCUGCUACUUGUGCACAGACGACAAUGAUAGCCAAGAGGAUGCAGGCUCUGACAAUGAGCUCGAAGACAGGGACGCGCAGCGGGUAUGGUUUGCCAACCAGCUGAGCGAAGAUGCAUGCGCAUCGCAAGCGAUUCUCAACGUUCUCCUGAACUGCCCCGAUAUCGACAUAGGCGAACAGUUACGAGACUUCCACGCCUUUACAGAGAAGAUGUCGCCUGUGAUGAGGGGACUGGCAAUCGCAAACUCUCCAUUCAUACGGAAUGCUCAGAACUCGCUGGCACGCCCCGCAGAUAUUCGCGCCUCUCUCCAUGCCGUGGCUGCCGCCACCAUCGAAACUCAAAAUUCUAAACAGAAGCCGCAAGACAUAUUGAAACUGCCACCUGCUAAGAAACGCAAGGCCAGUGGUAGCACCUCGAAAUCUAAGCAGAGCACGGCGGAUGGUACCGAUACCAAACAAGAAUCCUACCACUUUAUCGGCUACGCGCACGUAGACGACAAGGUGUGGGAGCUGGACGGACUCCGUAAGUCUGGGCCCCUCGAAGUCGGCGAGGUCGACGGCAGUGCCAGAUCUGCUCGGAGAAGUUGGAUGGACAUCGUGCGCCCCGCGCUGCGGAUGAAGAUGGAGAAGUACCUCCGCAGUGCGGGUGAAGGCGAGCAUAUCCGGUUCAACUUGCUAGCCAUCGUGGAAGAUCGGUACCAGAAGGCAAGCGAUGGACUGGAGAUGCUCAAGCGGGAACGCACUGCGUUGGAGCGACGAUUAAACGAGACAUUUCCGGAUGGCUGGGCAGACAAGGUCGACCCAGUACUCCUUGCAAGUAGCAAAGAGGCCUUUUCCACGUCAGUCCGGCCAUCAUCCGACGGUACAGUGUUCAGCCGUGGCUUUGGUUCACACAAGAUGGAGAAAGAGCUCGCCAUAUUGGAAAUGCCAUCCCGCAAACUGCCGGGUGUCUGGGACGAGUGUGUGCGCAACGCCAUGUCUGCCAAGAUAGCGGUCGAGGACGAGAUUGAGAAGUCUCGAAACAUGCACACCGAACACAUCGGUCGGACGUUUGACUACGAGCCCUUCAUCCGGGAAUUCGUUACUUGUCUGCACAACGAAGCACUACUAGAGAAAGCCCUCAGUCAGAAAGCUGGGGAUGAGGAUACAAAUGAGCGACCAAGAACAAGGAGGAAGGCGAGGAUGAAGAGAUAG